AUGGGAUCGGAUCUCUUUGAGUUGAAGGGUAACAGGGCACUCUAUGAUGUGCUGGGCGUGUCCAAGAACGCCCCCGACAUCGAGAUCCGCCGCGCGUACUACAAACUGGCCGUAGUGUACCACCCAGACAAGAACCCCGAUGGUGUUGAAAUGUUCAAGGAGAUCAGCUUCGCCCACAGCAUCUUAUCUGACCCGGCGCAGCGCAGCCUGUACGACUCGGAGAGGCUGCGGGCCCACAUUGAGGGGCAGGCGCGGGCGUACGACCCGAUGAUGGAUCCAAACGUUGAGCUCACUGCGGAGGAACUCCGACAGUUUGUGGAGCGCAAACGCACGGAUGAGGAGUCAAAGAAGCGGGACAAGAGUGAGUUUGAUAAACAGCGCGAGGAGGAAAUGCGACGCCGCGCCGAGUACGACGCACAGAACCCCGCCUUCAAGGCGGAAUACGAACGCAUGCGUGCCAUUUUGAAGGAAGGGGCCGCCCAACGAAUGUCCGCCAUCAGCGUGCCACGGCAUUCCACCACCGCCGAGCUGAUGCAGCAGUUUGAGAAGAAACGCCAAGCUGAAGAAGAAGCGCGUCAUACACGGCAUAGCGGCGGAGCCCAGGACGGCAAAGGGGGUGUAGGAUGUACCGCCUCCACUUCGGUUAAGCGCAGCAUGAUGCAGGAGUUCAGGUUGCGUCACAACGGUGAGACGCCAUCGCCCAGCAGCGUGGCUUUAACUGCCGACAGUCAGGCAAUGGACCGCCGACUACGAUUUCCGUCGGAAUCGGAGAGUAUCUCAUACAGCUGUGAUGUAGAAGAACGCAUUGGGAGAUGUGCCAAUUUUGACUACCGAAGUUACGUGGAGAGCAGCAUCAUUGACGGUGGGAGUGUUCUUGAUGACGCAAUACUCGCGGAUGCGCUGGGCAACUACGAUCGCCGGAGAUGA